AUGGCUGAAUCGCACCGUUACCGCUCAAUAUUCCAAACCCGAACGACCCGCGGCUCAGCAUCACAGCGUUCACCCGGUCACACCCCAUUCACUCGAGCGAAUGCGAGGAUGAUGAGACUUAGACCUUCCAUCCGUAUGGAGCCCCCUAGUCCCCCAGACUUAAGAAUGGAUACAGCCAAGCUACGCUCAGUUGCUGCGGGAUUAAGUGACGGACAAAAUGCUCUGGACUCCUUCGUAGAACAACUGGAGAAGACUCGAGAGGGUAUUGCAAAAGAACUUUCUACAGCAAUUUCAAAUACUGAGGACUCCAUGAAGACUCGCCUUGAUAAGAUGACUACAAAAUAUGCUCAAAAGGCAGAGCAAUUACAAGCCGACUACACAAAGGUAUUGGGCCAACUCCGGGUACCAGUAACCGGGAAAAAUGCUGCUGAGGACCAACCUGCGGAAUUAGACUCUGUAGAUGUGUUCGGGUUUGAUCGGGAUGCGUUCUUGAGCAAGGUAGAAGCUGAGAACCGGUCCCUGAAGCGGCUGUGGUGCGAAUGGGAGAAAGUACAGCAGAAAAUAGUCUGCCUUGCUGUUGAAGUACUCGGCGUGGAAAGGGCUGGUGUUACUAAGAAUCAUAAAAGGAGGGUGAUGAAGAAGAGAGUGAACCGUGCUGCGGCUUUAUUCGACAAGCAACAGGCUGAGCAGGGAGCUAUGCUGGGAGAACUGCAAAAACAGGAAAAAGCCAUUACGUUGAUGGCAGAAAUUUCUGUAAAAGCGUUGAAAGCCCGCCAAAAGAAACGUAUGGAUGAGAGGAAGAAACAGCGCGCAGAAGUCUGCCAGUUAGCAAAGAAGGUGAUAGCCAAUGUUUAA